AGUACAUACGUAUAUGUUAUAAGUAUUGGUAAAUUCCAUAUGUGCAUAAAUGUAUGGUUAUGGGAACAAAUGAAACCUUUACUUUAUGUGACAAAAGAGGAACAUGUAACCAAAUUCUCUUCUUUUACUUUUUAACCAUUUGAAUUGUAAUGAGAAAAGCUAUUGAUUCCCAACGACCUCUCGCUCUCCCUUCAAUAAAUAAUAACAAGAACCAACUCAAAACCCAAAUAGAAAGAGGACAAAAUACAUUACACGCUCUGUUUCUCCUGUUCUUGUUCUCUGUGUGAACAAUGUUGUGGCAAACGUUUUUUUACUCUCUUCUCUUACUAUCUCUGCUUUUCUGUUGUACCGGAGAUGAGUCUUUACCUGAAGUAACUGAUUCUGAAGAAGCUCCAAUGGACAAAAGAGAACGUGAAGCCUUGUACUCUGCGAUUCAAGGAUUUGUUGGUGAUUCUUGGAACGGAUCUGCUCUCUAUCCUGAUCCUUGUGGUUGGACUCCAAUUCAGGGUGUUUCAUGUGACAUCUACAAUGACUUGUGGUAUGUCACAGAUUUGAGUUUAGGGCUUAUUUACGAAAACUCGCUUGCUUGCUCCUCAAGUCUUCAGAUAAGGCCAGAAUUAUUUGAGCUCAAGCACUUAAGGUCUCUCUCCUUCUUCAACUGCUUUAUCUCUCCCAUGGUGAUAUCUCAAAAGGGCUGGAUAAACUUUGCAUCUAACUUAGAAUCGCUCGAGUUUAGAUCCAAUCCCGGUCUCAUUGGGAAACUUCCUGAAACAAUUGGCAAUCUCACAAAGCUGAAGUCCUUAGUAGUUCUCGGAAAUGGGUUCAAUGGAGAACUACCGGCGAGUAUCUGCAACUUAAAGAAUCUAAAGCGGCUUGUUUUCGCAGGGAACUCAUUCGCGGGAAUGAUCCCAAAUUGUUUCAAAGGGUUAAAAGAGCUCUUGAUCUUGGAUUUGAGCCGUAACUCUUUCUCAGGGACAUUGCCUUCAUCUGUUGGAGAUUUGGUUUCUUUGCUCAAGCUUGACUUAAGCAAUAACCUCUUAGAAGGGAACUUACCUCAAGAAAUAGGGCUUUUGAAGAAUUUGACACUUUUGGAUCUGAGGAACAACAGAUUCUCUGGUGGGCUGUCCAAGAAUAUUGAAAAUAUUCAAUCUCUAACGGAAUUGGUGUUAUCAAACAAUCCAAUGGGUGAGGAAGAUAUGAUGGGAACAAAGUGGGAAAAGAUGAAAAAUUUGGUAGUUUUGGAUUUAUCCAAAAUGGGUUUGAGAGGUGAGAUUCCAACAAGUCUAACCAACUUGAAAACGUUGAGAUUUCUUGGUCUGAACAACAACAAUCUAACAGGUUUUGUUCCAUCAAAGAAACUAGAGGCUUUGCCUUGUCUUGGUGCUUUAUACAUCAAUGAAAACAACUUAACAGGUGAGCUUAGAUUCUCUACAAAGUUCUAUGAGAAGAUGGGAAGAAGAUUUAAAGCUUCAAGGAAUCCAAAUCUUUGUCAACCAUUUGAAAUGGUAAAGUCAGAAUCUCAUAAGCAUUUACUUCCUCGUGGAGUGAAGCCAUGCACUUAAGAGAAGGAAGAGUUUGGUAAUAUAACAAACGUGAAACCAAUAGGAGGAGUUGAAGUCAUUAUCAAUGGGUGUUUGUGAACUCAUCAAGCUAUCUUUUUUUUUUUCUUACAUUGUGGUACAUAU